CGAUCAGAGUCUCCUCUCAGCCUGGCCAGUUACACGUAAUCCACCACGCUCCUGAUCUCUCACUGCCACGAUAUCUUGACGACCGGACGCUUACCGACGCGCGAAUAGAUAUAUACGACCCCAAUUGUAAUACCCAUAAUGAGCUUCUUUGGCCGGUCUUCGAGUAAUACGCCUCCCCCGCCUCCCGGUGGUUAUAAUCGUGUACCGGAUUACCACUCGUCACCUUCAAGGGGUGCAACGAGGCAGCCUCCUCCUCAGUCCAUGCAGAAUAAUAUGCCGCCGUACGGUUACAACGAUCCUUCGAGCGCUUUAUUCGAGAAACGUGGCGCCUUCGACAGGAAACCUCCUCCACCGCGUUCAAGCGGAAGCUAUUCAGUCGUUUCGUCUCCAAGUGAUGCCUUUGCUUUGUCCAACUGUCUUGCCGUCCAUCCAUCCGACUUCACCAACGGUCAACACGUUCUCGUGAAAGGCGGGUUUGCAUUGACUGUAAAACAUGAUAAUACUGGAAAGAUUCAACCAGGAUGUAUCGGUGCAUCUCAAGUCCAACGGCAAUGGAUAGGUCUUUCCGUUCAAGGCGAUCAUGUUAGCAUCGAGCCCUUACCGUCUCCUCCCCACCCAUUGGCACCUUCCUUUCUCCAGUCGAUUGACAUCGAAGUUGGAUUUCUUAAACCUCGACAUGAAAUUGCAGAGCAGUUUUCUGCUGAUGAGAUGGCUCAUCAUGUCGUCAAAGCGUUCAAUGGCAUUGUCAUGUCCACGGACGAGAUAAUAGUGUUCGAGUACCACGGCCAGAACAUCAAAGGGGCAAUCAAAGGCGUAUCUGUUCUAGAUAUCGCCGAUGAGCAGAGACGUGGUGGGGCUACUGGUCAACGACCAGUGAACCAUCAAUUUAUGGGAAUAAUCAUGAACAAGACGGACGUGACUAUCAUGAAGGCGGCUGAUAGCUCUAUUAAAAUCAAAUCUAGUGCAAAGAAGGCGCGGCCUAACGCAAUUCUUGCUCCCAACUUCAAGUUCGAAGAUAUGGGGAUUGGAGGCUUGGAUACAGAAUUCAGUGAAAUUUUCCGCCGGGCGUUCGCAUCUCGAGUUUUCCCUCUUGCACUUGUUGAGAAAUUAGGUAUCGAGCACGUCAAAGGUAUCCUGCUUCACGGUCCACCAGGAACGGGCAAGACCCUCAUCGCUCGCCAAAUCGGUAAAAUGCUGAAUGCGCGCGAACCAAAGAUCGUCAAUGGACCAGAGAUUUUGAACAAGUACGUCGGUGCCUCGGAAGAGAACAUACGUAAACUCUUUGCUGAUGCCGAAAAAGAGUAUAAAGAAAAAGGCGACGAGAGUGGCUUACACAUUAUCAUCUUCGACGAGUUGGAUGCCAUCUUCAAGCAGCGUGGGUCAACAAAUAGCGGUACAGGUGUUGGAGACAGCGUCGUGAACCAGCUUCUUUCGAAGAUGGAUGGUGUCGACAAGCUGAACAACAUUCUUAUCAUUGGUAUGACCAACCGUCUCGACAUGAUCGAUGAAGCUCUUCUCCGUCCGGGUCGUCUCGAAGUCCAUAUGGAGAUUUCUUUACCUGAUGAACAUGGACGGCUCCAGAUCCUCUCCAUCCAUACGAACAAGAUGCGCACAAAUGGUGUUAUGGACCGUGACGUUGACCUUGUGGAACUCGCGUCCAUGACGAAGAACUUUUCUGGUGCCGAAAUUGGUGGUCUUAUCAAGAGUGCAACCAGUUUCGCGUUCAAUAGACAUGUCAAGGUCGGCACUAUGGCAGGUAUAUCCGACGAUGUAGAGAAUCUUCGCGUGAACAGAAGCGAUUUUUUAAACGCCCUAGAAGAAGUGCAUCCCGCGUUUGGUGUGUCCGAAGAAGAGUUACAGCAAGUUAUCCAGAACGGUAUCAUCCACUUUGACUCCAUCAUCAAUGAAAUACUCAGCACGGGACAACUAUUUGUGAACCAAGUACAAACAUCCACAAGAACGCCCCUGGUUAGUGUUUUACUGCACGGCCCUCCGGGCUCCGGGAAAACGGCCUUGGGCGCGUCGAUUGCGCAAGCCUCUCAAUUUCCUUUCAUCAAACUGGUGUCGCCAGACAACAUGGUAGGGUUCGGUGAGAACCAGAAGGUGACAGCGAUACAGAAGGUCUUCGCAGACAGUUACAAAAGCCCAUUGAGCGUCAUUGUUGUUGACAAUCUCGAACGUCUACUCGACUGGACACCGAUAGGCCCUCGAUUCUCCAACACGGUUUUACAAGCGUUACUUGUUCUUUUGGCUCGGAGGCCUCCCAAGGGUCGUCGCCUCCUUGUGAUUGCAACGACAUCAUUACGACCGAUCCUAACAGAGCUCGGCCUUUCAGAUACGUUUGAUUCUGAGCUGCGAGUGCCACCAAUAUCGAACCUCGAGUCGUUGGAACGUGUGUUGCGUGAAGUAGAGCUGUUUAACUCGGAAGAGGAGUUGAGGGAAGCCGUCCACAUGCUCGAGGACUCUGGAUUCGCCCUGACGCCUCAGGACGAGGCAUCGUCUCGGCACCACAUCGGGAUUAAGAAGCUGCUGAGUGUGAUAGAGAUGGCAAGGCAGGAGCCUGAUAAUGUAGUGUCACGUUUAACUGGGGGUCUCAUGGGGUUGGGAAUGUAGGAGAAUAUAGGGUAGUCAGUAGAAGUAAGUAAUCGUGGGAGUGUAAUUUUAGACUACGGAAAUUUCCUAUUUGGGAAAGUUGUGCGC